AUGUCCUGGCGCGACAUCAACAACUUCCGCACCCUGCCAGGAGAGAAGACGUACCUGCUGUUCUACACGAAGAUCCUUCCAGAAGGCGCCAUCGUCAUCGACUCCCCGGAGACAAUCCCAAGGCCGGCCGCGGCGGCGCCCAUCGACCUGGAUCCCAGCGACAGCGACUCCGACGUGCUGAUGCAAAAGGAUGACCCGGAGCCAAAAACGCUGUCACAAGAACUUUCCGACAUGCUUGAUGCGCUCCCGUCCGAGAGCAACGCCGGCGACCGGUGCAAGCCGGCAGCAUACCAGUACAAGCGGGUAGCCCGGCAGGAUGCCAGGCCUGCCAAACGUUGUCGAGGGAUCUUCAACUACACCAAGGAGGAGCGCAGUCUUAUCGAAGACACCUUGCGCAAGAGUGCGUCGCUCAAGGACGCCAUGAAGGCUCUCGGCGAAGCCAUGCCCAAGUUCACCGCGAAGAACGCGGAGUCGUCAUCUUACCUGAACCGAACAACUCUGCGCAGGUGGUUCAACGACCACGAGCGUCUCGCCAAGGCUGUCGCCUUGCCGGACAAGAUCGCCGCCGAGACCACUUCAUUGCUUCCCGGCCCCAGCAACAAGGACCUCGCCGAGACCUCUGCUCCGCCGGAAAUCGUCACGGACAGCAGCUCGGCGAGACGCCCUCCCCGCAAAAGCUGCCGAAGCACUCUUUCCGAAGACGAUGCGGCCAUCGUUGCCACAGCGCUCGCAGAGGUGAAUAAUGCAGAAGAUCUUGCCAAACUCCUUGCCGUCAGAUUGCCAGGCUUCAGCUACGAAGACAGAAAUGCUGUUAAUUACAUUCCGAGAAGCACUCUCUACAACUGGUGUCAGCGUCAGCAGGUCAAGGAAUGGUUCGGCCGGGGAGGCGCCCAGCUUCCCGCGACUUGGCAGGACGAGCAUGUUCGCUACUUCGCCGUCGUCGCCAAUAUGCCGACGCAGCGGGCCAAGAUGGAACCCGACAGCAGCGACAUCGAUGUCAUGUGGUUCACCGGUGGAUCCUGGACCUUCUGUCCGCACUGCGGUCGACACCAAGCUCGAACCUUCACAGCCGAGUGGUCCAUCACAGAUUACAAGGCGGACCGACCUUGCAAGCCGUGCUGCGACCCGGACGCUCUCGAGCUGCUGCGCUCGCCACAAGGGAAGCUGCCGUUUGGCAAAUUGAUGGGCUACGUGACGCCAUUGGCGCACAAUUGGCUGCCCUGGCUUCGCCACCUGCAAGGCGUCCGCUUGCCUCUUACGACCCUGCUUUCCGAAAAGGAAAUCCGCGACUUGGCCAUCGCGGACAUCAAAGUCGACUUCGUCACGAAGCGCGGCGGGAACGCGGAGGUUGUCAGCAAGCAGAAGAAGACGGUGGUGCGUUGCGUUUGGCGACCGCAAUCGCUGCUGGAUCUCCGUCGCAGUCCACUGGCCCAAAGAGCUUUCGAGUGGCUCAUGGACAACAACACCACCUACAGAAGAUACGUAGAGACGCACCACGCCCUGCUUGCGGCCGGAGAACCACGAGAGUUUCCGACGGCAUCCCUGCUCUUGCAGACGCCCGGAAUCGAAAUCGCCGUGCGACCGUGGCUCUAUCCGCUGGCCAGCUUUGCGGACAGCGACCUGCAGCUGCGACUCCGACCACUUGGCUGGACGUCCGAAAACGCAAAGCCAAGUGUCAGAGCCGGAUUCCUUCGCAAGAUCCUCAGUCGAUGCACGGAGUACAGCCGAGAUUAUCCUUUGAAGGCCUUAUACUACGACCUGUGCAUGGCGCAUACUAUUUCGGCGGUCGUCAACAUCGGCAUCAAGCAGAAGGUCGCUCCGGAAAUCAUUGCGAGCGACAUGGAUAUCUUCGAAGGCUACUGGCAUCAACAAAUCAGGAAGAUGGAGGACAUUUGCAGGCUCGAGCACGAGCGCACGGGACGACUGGACAGAGCCUUACCGAACGUGUUCUUCACCAUCGCGCCCGCAGAGUGGAAGUACCUGCUGCCCCACGGACUGUUUUUUGCAGACUCUCUCAGCCACCAGCAGGACCUCCUGACGCUCCACCUCUACCACAGCAUCAACAACAUGCUGGAAGCACAUCUCCUCAGAGACGGACCGAGCUUGAAGCUGGUCGGAGUGGAGAGCGUCCGUCAAUGGAGCCUCCGCUUCGAGUUUCAAUCCCGCGGCACCUUGCACGUGCACGUGGUCUUGUGGGCGAAUCUGGCGGAAGGCUGGACGUCCGAUGAUCUCAAUGGCCGCACCGACACCAAGAAAACCAGUGCAUUCCUUCAGCUGUUGGAGCGCCUCUUCCGAUGUCGAGCAGACGUGCAAUGCGGCGACGGCUCGCACGUUCUUUUGCGGUAUGUGGCAGGGUACAUCAGCAAGGCUUCGGAUGCGCUCCAGUUCAAAAGCAGCAAAGCAAAGAACAGCUCCAGGGACAUGUACGCUGCUUAUCAGCAUCACAUCUGGACGUCUCCAGACGCUUUCGGGCAUGGCGGUGAUCUCACCUUCAUCCAAUGGCUUCGGCGCUUUCGCCCGAGUGACGACCCGAAGCACAAGCACAAGGUCACGGCCCGCAACGCGGCUGGACCGGCAAGAGGCAAAGAUUGCGGUGUGGCCAUCAGCUUCCCGUUCGAGCUCCUGGACAUCUUCAUCGGAGCUUGGGCUGCCUCCUGCCUGCCGGGCAUGCUUGAGUCUCGACUUCUGCCGGAAGAGACUCCCAGCCAGGAGCACUAUCCGCCAUAUCUCGAGGAGGAGCGCCAGCGCAAGGGACUUUUGCGAGCCCCCGCUGGCUGCUUGCACCUGAAAACGGUUUUGUGCCUGGACGAGUUCCAGAAAGCAGGAUCGAAUCCCAAUACCUUUGCCCCGGAUGUUGGCAAGCUGCUGACAAGUAUCGAGCUCGAGCUACAAUUCCGCGGCUUGGGGGCGGACCGGAUCAACACCUUCAAGGCCCGAGUGCACGCCUGCACGCUUCUUCUGCUUCAGAUCUACAGUGGAGCCGAAGAUCCUGAACUGUGGAGUGCACGGAGAGUGCCGGCGGCACCAGAGCGGCAGUGGUCGGCCGAGCAGCGACAAGUUCUCGACUACAUCGAGCAAGGCAUACGCGUCGCCGAUGCAGCCGAGAUCCAGGCAUCGAACCGGAUCCUUCACGUCACCGGUGGACCGGGCACCGGCAAAACAGAGGUGGUCAUUGCCGCUACCAGACGUGCCCUGGAGGACGGCUGUCGCGUCCUGGUUGCCGGGCCCAUAGGCCUCCUGGUCGCCAUGUAUCGACAGCGCCUACCGGCAGAUCCGAAUCUGACCAUGGAAACCGUGCACUCGGCGUUCCAGAUCGUGAGACAAGCCGACGAAGCUUACAUCCCGCCUGGACGCCUACGCAAUUACGACCUCAUCAUCUUGGACGAGGUCAGCCAAAUCGACAGUCCUGUGUGGAGAAAGCUGCAGACGGCGCUGGCAGAGCUGCAUCCAUCUCCUUACAUAGUGCUCGUGGGCGACUUCCAGCAGCUGCAACCCAUUGUGGGACGACCACGACUGCACCAGAAUCUGCAAGAGCAAAUCCUGAAGGGUGCGGUCACUUGCGUCCGACUCCGGCAACACGAGGCGGCACGCUCCACGGAUCCUGCGAUGCUAGACUUCCUCAACCGGGCACGACAGAGCCAGCCCAGCAGAGUCGAACUGGAGAGCUUCUUUCGAGGACGCGUGUGGAGUACAGACCUCGACGAAGCGGUCCGCACCGCAAGAACUCUGGAGCGGGACGGAAAAGAUUUUACUUUCCUUACGGUCACCAACCGCGGCGCUGCAGCCAUCAACACGGCCAGAGUGCCCACCGACACGGAGCCUGUCGUCCUCGACCCCGGCAUGAGACUGCGCUUGACCUACAACGUUGACAAAGACCGCAGCUUCGUCAACGGACAAAUGGGAACGAUUCGCCUCAUGCUCCGCCGGGACAUCGUCGUGCUAGCAUCUGACCAAGGCACGUCCAUCUUAGUGCAUCCCAUUUGCGUCAAAGGCCAAAUGUUUCUCCCGGUGGCAUACGGCUGGGCAACUACCAUCCGCCGUGCACAAGGCGCCACUCUUGGGAGAGUUGGACUUUGGUUCGACCGAUGCGUAGCCGACCGAGGCUACGCGUACGUUGGAGUGUCAAGGGCCAAGCUGAAGGCAGAUGUCUAUCUCCUCGGUCAGGUUCGCCGUACAGACUGGCGAGCCGUAGGCGGAGAGAAUGACCCGGCCGAGCAAUCCAUGCCCAGCGUCCUUAGCGACAGCACGGGCUCGGAUGAAAGGCCAGAUUCCGAAAGUGAGGAGGAGUCCGGACCACACGAGUCCGAUUUCGACGGCUGGGACUGA